AGGUUUUUAUACCAUGUAUUCUUGCUAUCUGGAAAAUCAUAUGAACCGUAAAGAAACUCAGUUAUUCCUUUAUCACUUAUUUUAUAGAAUGUCUUUGAUAGUAGAAGAAAUAGAAUUUUCAAAGGUAAAAUGACCUGGAUUGAAUACAAUGGAGAAGAUAUUGCUGACUCAGAAAUUUGUAUCGAAUUCAUUAGAAAUAUAUUCAAUGUAGACUUGAACAAAGAGUUCACCCCAGAGGAAAUAGCGUCUGGAUUCAUGAUUCAAAAAAUGGUGGAAGAACAUUUGUAUUGGACAAUGGCAUUGAAUCGUUGGGUGUACGAGCGCGGGUUAAGAAUUCACUCCAUUACACCUCUGCCUUUUUAUAUGAGAUUCCUCAUUUGCCGCCAUAUAAGUAAAAAGGCACAAGUUCAAGGCGUAGGUAGACACAGCGAGGAGGAAGUUCAAAACGUCAUGAUCCACGAUCUGGAGAACCUCUCCGUGUAUAUGGGAUCCAAAAAGUUCCUGCUUGGAGAUAAACCUUCUCAGGCCGAUUGCGCUGUAUUUGGAAUGUUGUCACAGUUCUACUGGCAGGGAUUCGGAGGGAAAAGAGAGGAAGCAAUAAAACAAUUUCCAAACCUAUGCAGUUACUGUGAUCGAAUGAAAGCCGAAUUCUGGCCAGAUUGGGAGGAGUGCAUAAUUCAUGGUGGAACGAGAAAGGCAACGAUUCACAAAAUAGAACUCUCAGUGCGUAUUGUCAAUACAUGAAAUGUAUAUCGAUAUAUAUUUACUGCAACAUAAAAUGAAAUAACAAAAGGAGUUUAACUUUGUAUAUCUUACAUAUGUCAUGGAAUAAAAUUUUACUCAUACAAUGAAUAGGAGAAUCAACGAAGUAUGUUGC